GUACCUUGUGAAACUGUUUUUUUCUCUAGCGUGAUCCGUUGUCACCGGUGGGGCAUAACCACUCGAAACCGUGCGAAACUGCUCAGGUUGGGCGUUUUACAGCGGAAUUUGACCGUUUAUCGAUGAUACCGAGGGCUUAGAGAGCUUCCAGACCCACGGAGAGGAUCUGAAGGUGAGCUGAGCUGCUGAAGAUGGAGGAGGUGGCGGCCGCCCCCCCGGCCCUGCCCGGACCAUCCCAGCCCACGUUCUGCUGGCCCACGGCCCCCGACCGCCGCACCCGCAAAUCCGGCUCUGCAAACAUCUUCCAGGGCGUGAACCUGCGUCAGCUGCGGCGCCUGUUCCGCUCGGCCGGAGAACCCGACGCCGAGCAGAGGGCGCGAGUGGUGUGGGGCGACUGGAGAGCAGGCGAGGCGGAGGGCGAGGACGGGGAGGAGGAGGAAGAGGAGGGAGAGGAUGAAGAAAGGCUGGCACAGGCGCUGGUGGGGCUCAGGGUCCGGGCGCGAAACCGCAGUGGGAUCCGUGCAGAGCCUCAUCGCAGCGAGGCCGCCAUGGCAGCCAGAGGGGUCCGAGCGUUUGGUCAUGCCAGAAUCAAUGAGCGGCCAUCGGGACAACCACCUGAAGCCCCAGCUGAAGAUGAUGAAGCUGCUUUAGGUGCCUGCGGGGGGCAGGACCCUCUCAAGGCUGGGUCAUGUGACUCAGGGGACUUCCUAUAUGAAGAAGAAGAGGUGCGGGGCGCUUGGAGCCGGAGCGGUGCUGUGGAGAAGGAUCCAGAACGCUACCUGCACCGCAUACGACACUGAUGGUGGAGCUGGCCAGGCGGAGGUGGAACGUUGAGAGAUUAGCGCAGACCAAGAGAAUGGGAUUAGACCAUAAUCUCGAAACCCUGUCUGGGUCUACCAGGCCACAGCAUUACUUGCUCACUAAAUAUACACUGGGUGGCUUUUUAUUAGAACCGCCUGCCUUGUACGUACACGAAUUGGCCACAUUAUCAGAAACACCCACCCUUUAGGUGCACUUUGUAGGUCUAGAGUUAUGGACAGUUUGUCACUGCUUUACUGAGAACGGUCCACCACCCACAUGAUAUGGUGGUCCUAUGGUGGUCCGUUUCCACUGAUGGGUGGAGGCAAGGGGGGCUCCACAGAUGGGCUACAGUCAGCAAUUAUACAUCUACAAAGUGCACCUAUGUGGAAGCUGUACUUGCUAAAAAUGGCAAGUGCAUGUAGGAAGGUGUGCAUAAUAAACUCAGUGUAGAUACAUAAAUAGAACAAUACAGCUAAUAACACUAUACAUCAUGUACCACAAGGCAAAAACUACGACCUCGCCGAGGCGUGGGAUCCAGCUACAGCUGAGAACGUGGAAACUCUACAACACUGUAUCAGCGAGGCACUACAGGGCGAAUAACUGCUGGCCCAUGUGUGCUAGCACGGGACUCUUAUUAUAUUCUUAUGAAACAGAAUAGUUUGGCUGGAGAUUGCUAAUGUGGCUAACGGUGAACAGCUAGCAGGCCGCAAAGUCAGCAGUUCCCAUUUCCUUCCCUUCAAUAAGAAACAGCAUCUACCUUUUUAAUUUAGCUUCCAUUCGCUGAGGGACUGGAGUUAGCUUGUCCCAGUUAGCUUCCAUACACUAAGAGAUAAGAGUUAGCUCGUCCUUGUUAGGUUCCACUCUGAGAAACAGGAGUUAUGUCUUUAUUAGCUUCCAUUCACUGAGAGACAGAGUUAGCUUUUCCUAGUUAGCUUUUUCCACUGAGAGACAGACUCAGCUUGUCCUUGUUAGCGUUCAAUCACUGAGACUGGCAUUAGCCUUUUCUAGUUAGCUUCCAUACACUAAGAGACAAGAGUUAGCGUGUCUUAGUUAGCUUCCAUACACUAAGAGACAAGAGUUAGCUUGUCUUAGUUAGCUUCCUUUCACCGAGAGGCAGAGUUAGCUUGUCUUAGUUAGCUUAUUUUCACUGAGAGACACAGUUAGCUUGUCCUAGUUAGCUUCUUUUCACUGACAGACAAAGUUAGCUUGUCCUAGUUAGCUUCUUUUCACUGACAAAGUUAGCUUGCCCUAGUUAGCUUCUUUUCACUGACAGACACAGUUAGCUUGUCCUAGUUAGCUUCUUUUCACUGAGAGACAAAGUUAGCUUGUCCUAGUUAGCUUCUUUUCACUGACAGACACAGUUUGUCUUAUAUAGCUUCUUUUCACUGACAGGCAGAGUUAGCUUGUCCUAGUUAGCUUCUUUUCACUGAGAGACAAAGUUAGCUUGUCCUAGUUAGUUCUUUUCACUGACAGGCAGAGUU